UGGGGGAGUGCUAGUGAGGAAGGCGCCGUGCGUGCGCCAGUUUUUCGGUGUGUGUAUUGUGUUUUAGGCCGUUUUAUGUUUAGCUUAGGUUUCUUUGCGCUCGGAGAUGUGUCUUCUUUUUUCUUCGCCAGGGGCGUAGCCGUUUAUUGUUCUAGGUAUAGGCACGUAGGGCCGUACGUAGGUUAGCAUGUAGCGUGAUCGCGACAGUCGCUGGCCGAGAUCAGCAGAGGCGCCCGCGCAGCCCUUCGACGGCGAACGCGUUGAGUGGACAUGGCACUGAGUCGCAAAAAACAGCGGAUGAAGCAGCCAGACUACAUGGAGAACGGCGACAGCAGCUACAAGACGAGGACGUUCGUCUUCGAGUCGCACAAGGAGUCGCUCACUGUCAAGAUCAUCGAGAUGCUGGACCCAAGUUACGGCAUGUAUGUCUGGCCCUGCAGUCCCGUUUUGGCCCAGUACCUCUGGUUCAACCGGGAGCACAUCAAGGGCAAACGCAUUCUCGAGAUCGGUGCCGGCACCGGCCUGCCGGGGAUCCUGGCGGCUCUUCUGGGAGCCCGAGUGACCCUGUCGGACAGCUCGCCACUGGGCCUCAAGAACUGCCAACGCAAUGUGGAGGCCAACGGGCUGACCGCCAACGAGGUGCCCGUGGUCUCCAUCUCCUGGGGACUGUUCAACCCGGCCCUCUUCCAACUCGGGCCCAUUGACAUCAUCCUGGGGUCGGACUGUUUUUACGACCCCAAAGACUUUGAGAACAUCAUUGUCACCGUGUCCUACCUGCUGCACCAGAACCCUCACGGGCGCUUCUGGUGCGCUUACCAGAUUCGAAGUGCGGACUACUCAAUGGAAGGCCUGCUCCGGCAGUGGAAUUUGGUCUGCGUCCAAGUUCCGCUCGAGAACUUUGAGGCAGACUCGCCCAACCUCGCCGGCUCGGGCCUUCCAGGCUCGCACACCAUCGAGAUGCUCGUGAUGAGUGUCAACACAACUGUGGAGCCGGCUGCCACGGACAAGGCGAAGACGUGAACAAGUGGACCCGCGGUGCAUCGCGUUCGCUGGCAGCUGGGAAAAACGACCGCGUCGGUGGCAACGUGCUGUUGUCGUCAUCGUUGUGCAUCGAAUACAACCCAGUCGUUGUUGUGCUGUUUCGUUCCCACUUUCCCCGCUUCCUGAAGAACGAGCCUCGAAGAGGCUCAGUCUUCGUAAAGGCUUUACACCCUCACCUGGACAUCCGGACAUCUGGGUGCCACAUUCCAGACGUCAAGAUGUGCAGACGACGUGCCACGUUCCAGAUGUCUGAAUGCCAUUUGCGUGAGGUGGACGAGCAGACGACUUCUUGUGAUGGCAUGAAAGGUUGCUUCGAUUUCCUGUGAAAUCGCCAUGCUGUCUUGGCACCUCAAGGAGGCUUGGCCUUCGAGGUUUUAUAUCGCACCUGAAUAUCCGGGUGUCUGGAUGCCAUUGACGUCUGGACAUGCAGACUUGUUCCUGUCACGGUGAGAAAGUGUUGCUCUGAUUUCCUGUGAACUGGCCAAGCUGUCUCUGUGCAGUACCGUUUUCUGAUUACUGAACGUGCAAGGUCGACAGAAUGAAUGAGAGUCUCGCUUAAGUCAGCCUUGGGGCCCAGAUGAUGAAAGACCCUAUGGAAUCAAAGCCAGCUAAUCUGUACCACUUUAGGUCGGUGUUCAUAUUCCUUAUGUCAACUCGCGAAGUUGUCAUUCUUCGGUGAUGUACAGUAUUUGCAGACAUAUGAAUUUUGAACAGGGCAAUUGAAACACAAACGCGAAAUGAUGUCAGAUUUCCUUGCUGGUUUUCAUAAAUAGGUGUAUUAUAAGAUUUCCCUGCAAACAAUGUAUGGUGUGUCAAAGUGAAAAAUCAACUGUGCUAGUAUGUCACGCACCUUAAGCGAAAUUUCCGGAGACCUGGAAUUUUCUUAUUCAAGAUUCAUUUGUCCAUUUUUCCAUGGUAGUGCUAUAGAAACAUAUACCGUGUGCGGUAGAAACAUAUAUAAUUGGUAUGUAUAUAUAUAUAUAUAUAUAUAUAUAUAUAUACUGCUGCAAACUGUGUUUUGGCGACACUCGGAACAUUGAAAUGUUCGUUACUCUAGACCUAAGUGUCACUAGGCAAUUUGAAAUUGAGUACAUUCUGGCCAGUGCACAGGCAAACUAGAGGCUUCAUGGAGUCAUUGCAACCGUUUCUGACGUGAACGUUCAGACUCAUCCCUGUUUAUUAAUGUAACUCCAUUUCAUCACGCUUCAUUUUUAUGCUUUCUGUGACAUUGCACGUUGAACCCGCAUUGUUACGAAGCCCCGCCUCGGCAUGCGUUGCCACACUUUUCUUCUAUAUGACUUUGUGAGCGUGUUUCACACAACUACACCACAUUGCCUCUACAUUGUAACAAAGCUCUUUCUUGUCUUUUC